UGGUGUUGGCUCUUCGAUUCUCGACUGGGAGAUGGGGAAACACGAUCCAUCUCCGAACCCAACUUCGCCAGCCGCCACGGAAGUCACAGAACUCGACCACGGAAUUUGGGCAAUUAGAAGUUUGGUGUUGGCUCUUCGAUUCUCGGCUCCAGAGAUUCGACAGAGAGCAAGAGGGAAGGGAUGAAACUUGCCCAAUCGCCAGGCUAACGACAAAAGGGAAAGAAAUGGGGCUGGGGGCGCACCAAACUUGCGGUAGACCCGCCAGCAUAUGCACAGACCCCUUAAACCAAAACUUGCGAAUUAAUAUAUCUAAUAAUAAUAAUAAUAAUAAUAAUAAUAAUAAUAGGAGGCAGAGCAUGCUCUUCCCU